CACAUUACAUACAAUUGUAUUGUUCUUUUUAAUUACUAUCAUAUAACUAGGAAACAUGACUAUGAUUAUGCUCAAGAAUCUCUUGUUCUCCCCUCUUCGUGGUUUCAUCCACAAAGAUUUUCAUCAGAUACUUGACAAAAUGAAUCUCCGCGACAAACUUUCAUUUCUGAUAGUUCAUAUCAUUGAUAAACAUAACUUGUGGCAUCGGGUACCGGUGUUUUUGGGGCUAGUUUAUCUUGGACUUCGUCGGCAUCUUAAUCAGGAAUAUAAUUUGAUCAACGUCGGUAGAACACCUACUGGAGUCCGAUCAAAUCCCGUGGACUUCCCUUAUAGAACUGCAGAUGGAAAAUAUAAUGAUCCUUUCAAUGAAGGAGCAGGAAGUGAAUUUUCUUUCUUUGGGAGGAAUAUGAUGCCUGUUGAUCAACAUGACAAGUUAAAGAAUCCGGAUCCAAUGGUAGUGGCAACAAAGCUGCUAGCACGCAGAAACUUCAUAGACACAGGAAAACAAUUUAACAUGAUAGCUGCCUCUUGGAUACAAUUUAUGAUUCAUGAUUGGAUCGAUCAUUUGGAAGAUACUCAACAGCUUAGGGCACCUGAAGAAGUUGCAAGUCAAUGUCCUCUCAAGUCCUUUAAGUUUUACAAAUCAAAAGAAACUCCUACCGGCUUUUACGAAAUUAAAACCGGUUACUUGAAUAGGCGUACCCCUUGGUGGGAUGGAAGUGCUAUUUAUGGGAGUGACGUAGAGAUCUUGAAGAAAGUAAGGACAUUUAAAGACGGAAAAUUGAAACUAUCAGAAAAUGGACUCCUUGAACAAGAUGAAAAUGGAAAAAUCAUCUCUGGUGAUGUUCGCAACACUUGGGCUGGACUUUUGUCACUGCAGGCGCUAUUUGUACAAGAGCAUAAUCUUGUUUGUGAUGCCUUGAAGAAAGAAUAUCCAGAAUUGGAGGAUGAGGAGUUGUAUCGUCAUGCAAGACUGGUGACUUCUGCUGUUAUAGCAAAAGUUCACACCAUAGAUUGGACUGUGGAGCUUCUCAAAACGGACACCUUAUUAGCAGCAAUGCGGACCAAUUGGUAUGGAUUGUUAGGGAAGAAAUUUAAAGAUACAUUUGGGCACGUUGGAGGUGCCAUUUUGGGUGGUUUAGUUGGAAUGAAAAAACCCGAAAAUCAUGGAGUGCCUUAUUCCUUAACUGAAGAAUUUGUGAGUGUCUAUAGAAUGCAUCAACUCUUACCUGAUAAACUUCAGUUAAGAAAUAUAGAUACAACUUCUGGACCAAAUAAAUCUCUCCCUUUGACUAACGAAAUCCCAAUGGGAGAUUUAAUCGGAGGCAAAGGAGAGGAGAGUUUAUCAAGAAUCGGGUUUACUAAGCAAAUGGUUUCAAUGGGGCAUCAAGCAUGUGGAGCACUUGAGCUUUGGAAUUAUCCAAUAUGGAUGAGGGAUCUUAUUGCUCAAGAUGUUGAUGGAACUGACAGACCAGGUCAUGUUGACCUUCCAGCUCUCGAAAUUUAUAGAGACAGAGAAAGGAGUGUUGCUAGGUACAAUGAAUUUCGUAGAAGGAUGUUGCAAAUUCCCAUCACUAAAUGGGAAGACUUGACGGAUGAUGAGGAAGUUAUUAAAACACUUUAUGAAGUAUAUGGUGAUGAUGUUGAACAAUUGGAUCUGUUAGUUGGAAUGUCCGCUGAGAAAAAAAUUAAAGGAUUUGCCAUAUCUGAGACUGCCUUUUUCAUAUUCCUUCUCAUGGCAUCAAGGAGGUUAGAGGCAGAUAGAUUUUUCACAAGCAAUUACAACGAGGAGACAUACACAAAGAAAGGAUUGGAAUGGGUGAAUACUACUGAAGGUUUAAAAGACGUGUUAGAUCGUCACUAUCCAGAAAUGACUGAAAAAUGGAUGAAUUCCAGUAGCGCAUUCUCUGUUUGGGACUCUUCUCAACAACCUCACAAUCCUGUUCCACUCUACUUUCGCGUCCCUAAACAUGAUUAA